AGAUUCCUAUAAGAAAAAACGAAGACGACGAAACAGAGAGAGAGCUGUGUGAGAAAGAGAGAGAAGAAAAAAAAAACCCUAGCCUUCUCUUUUUAAAAAAACACAAAUGGAGGGACAUGAGAGUGUUUGAAUUAAAGCAAAAUCAUGGUAGAGAAGGAGCUGAAAUGGACUACUUUGGAGGAGCUUUUGCUAGCGUGCGCCGUGAAACGCCAUGGCCACAAGAACUGGGACUCUGUCGUCAUGGAACUCCAGAACCGAACCUCUUUCUCUCUCCUAUUGACCGCUCCAGUUUGCAGAAAUAAAUACUACGACCUCAAACGCCGCUUCAUGGACGAACACGAUGACGAUGACGAUGACAAAGAGGUUGAUACUAUUCCCUGGAUUGAGGAGUUGAGAAAACUCCGAGUCGCUGAGCUCAAACAAGAGCUUCAUCGAUACGAUCUUUCGAUCCAUUCGUUGCAGUCGAAGGUGAAGAGAUUGGAGGAAGAGCGCGAAAGGAGCUUGAAGGAGAACGAAAACGACGACGAGAAACCAGAUCUGGAGAAGGAUUUGAAGGAGGAGAGAUCGGAAAACGAAAAAAACGACGGCGACGAUACGCCGGAGAAGGUCGCCGUCGGUGGCUCAGACCGGUCGGUGAACGAGUCCAAUUCGGCUGCGGUGAAUGAAGAACGGAGAGAUGCGAUCGAGGCCGGAGACGUUAAACCGGAUCCGGCAUCGAGUGAUUCGAAACCGGCCGGUGCGGAUUCGUAUAACGAUAGCACGGAUACGGUGGCUAAGCACGCGGCGGCGAGGACGAGUCAGGAGGAGAAAGGUGGUGGUGAUCCGGCGGAGUUGCGGCGGGACAUGGCGGCCGCGGCGGCGGGGGAAUCGAAGGAAGGGACAAAAGAGAGCAGCGACGUGCAGAGCACGGCGAGUUUGACGAGGAAGCGACACCGUGAGAAGGAAGUUUCCGGCGGGAGUAGCGGCGGAGGAGGGGACGAGCCGGUGGUGUCUCCCGCCACCACCAUCAAGCGGGGAGCGGUGAAAUCGGAGCCGUUGGUUGGUCUUCUAGAUAUUAUCCGAUCGCACAAACACGGCUCGAUGUUCGAGCGCCGGCUCGAAAGCCAGAAAACAGACGAGUACAAGAGCAUGAUCCGACACCAUGUAGAUCUCGAAACAAUCCGAAACAGGCUCGACAAAGGUUCCUAUUCCACUUCCACCAUCAAAAUCCACCGCGAUCUCCUUCUCCUCGUCAACAAUGCGCUCGUCUUCUUCCCCAAGGCAUCUCCAGAAUCAGUGGCCGCCAUUGAACUUCGCGACCUCAUCACAAAAGAGAUGAUAAAGAAGAAGAAAACCCAGAGGUACGAUUCUUCACCAGAACCCGGUCCGUCAAAGAAAGCUGCACUCCAACACAAACCCAAACCCAAACCCAAAUCCGACACAGAAACAUUCGACUCAUUGUUGGCAAAACACAAGUCUUCAGUUCCGUUAAUAGUCUGCCGUAAACGUAGUUCCAUCUCAGCUAAGGUGGCAGAGAAACAAACCAACGAGAAACAAAAACCUAGUCUGAUGAAUCCGAAGCCACUGGUGAAGACUUCUGCGAAUGUAGACGAAGAGAAAGAGAAUCUGACGAAAGUGAAGAUGAAAGAGAAGCCGGUUACGGGUACGAGGAGCUUCAGAAGGAGCAGCAGCAGCAGCAGCAAAGGCCGUACAGAUAUUGAUAUUGAUCAUGAAAGGAUUACGAAACCUAGCUCGAAGAACGCUAGUGGGUCAGCUGAGAAAGGAGAGGCUCUGAAAGCAGCUGAUAAGAAGAAGAAUGAGGUGGCGGUGAAAAAGCAAGGGGCAGCGGAUUUUUUGAAGAGGAUUAAACGGAACUCACCGUUGUCGAAAGGGACGGUGUUGAACAACCUGGUGAAGAGCAAAGGAAGUGAUGCUAAUAAUGGUGGGAGGAAAGAGGAGAAGAAGAGAGGGAAAGAAAGUGACGACAAAGCGGAGUGGCAGUGGUAG